GGCUUCGGAGCUGCUCAAGUGCAACAACAAAACGUCCCUUUUUUUCAACCCACGGAACAACACACACGCACACACACACUCUCUCUCUCCUGCUCGAGUGGUACAUCGUCAUCCCCGGUUCUCUCCGUGCUAUCUCGCUACAGCUACAGCUACAGCUUCACUUGCUCAUCACCCACCAUGUCUGAAAUCAGCAAGGCUUGCUGCUCGAUCCCUCCCGUCGUCUCCAAGGGCUACGAGGCCAAGGGCGAAUACAAGACCAUCAAUGGAUUGAAGACCUACGUUACCGGGCCUGAGUCUGCGACCAAGGCGAUUCUGGUGAUUUUUGACAUCUUUGGCUUCUUCGACCAGACAAUCCAGGGUGCCGACAUCCUCGCCACCUCCAACGAGAAGAAGUAUCGCGUCUUCAUGCCCGAUUUCUUCGAGGGCAGCCCUGCCGAUAUCUCCUGGUACCCGCCCCAGACGGACGAGCACAAGCAGAAGCUGGGCGAAUUCUUCCAGACCAAGGCCGCUGCUCCCAACACCCUGUCGAAGAUCCCCAAGAUCGUUGUCGAGGCCAACAAGCUGGCGCCCAGCGGCACGGCGUUCGAGUGGUCCAUCCUGGGUUACUGCUGGGGCGGCAAGAUCGCGAGCCUGAUCGCUGGCCAGACGGACGGCGCCGUCCCCUUCAAGGCCGCCGUGCAGUGCCACCCGGCCAUGCUCGACCCGGAGGACGCCAAGAAGGUCACCAUCCCCAUAGCCAUGCUCGCCUCCAAGGACGAGUCCACCGACGCCGUGGCCCAGUCCAAGGAGAACUUCCAGGUGCCCAACUACGUCGAGACCUUUCCCACCCAGAUCCACGGCUGGAUGGCCGCCCGCGCCGACCUCGAGGACCCCCAAGUCCGCAAGGAGUACGAGAGGGGAUACCAGACUGUUCUGGCCUUUCUUCAUGACCAUGCGUAG